AUGGAUCUGGAAACAUCUGGGAAUCCAUCAUUCGAUGGUUUCCUGAGUGAUGAUUUCAUUCAAGCAGACCCAGACGGCCUAGCGGCGGGCUGUCACACAACGGCAGAAAACCGAAGCCAGCUGAGCUGGUUGCCUGUUGUUGGCCACUGUCGGUCGAAACCGAAAUCGAAAGCGAAAAUGUUCAGGCGGGGAAAAUGCUCCUCGGUUCCGGUAACUGUAAUAAUAGUAGCCGGAAGCCUUCCACUGUCCUUUGCUGUGAUUGGUUUAGGCCACAGCGGCGUCAACCAGCUGGGUGGCAUCUUUGUGGGCGGUCGGCCGCUGCCCGAUUCCACCCGGCAGCGAAUCGUAGAACUAGCACACGCCGGAGCCCGCCCCUGCGACAUUUCCCGCAUCCUGCAGGUUUCGAACGGUUGCGUCAGUAAAAUUCUCGGAAGGUAUUAUGAAACCGGCAGCAUCCGACCACGUGCCAUCGGUGGUUCGAAACCACGCGUUGCCACCCCGGAGGUGGUUCACAAGAUCUCACUGUUCAAGCAAAACUGUCCGAACAUCUUCGCCUGGGAGAUUCGCGAUAAGCUGCUGAACGAACGGAUUUGUACCCCGGAGAACAUUCCGAGCGUAUCGUCAAUCAACCGCGUCCUGCGAAAUCUGGCAGCACAGAAAGAGUUCAACAAAAAACCGCACAUCCAGGAAUCGUCCGCCGACGAAUCGAGUUACUUGUCCGGCAAGCAGCUCAGCGACAGUUCGCCCUUCCUUCACUACAAAUACGGAGAGAACGCUGCUGAUAUCAAACCGACCGGCGAGCAGGAAAGCAAGAGCCCAUUCGGUAAGCACUGUUUCACGAAUCUGGAUUCACCGGUCAGUCUGAGCGCCGGCGGCAGCAUAAAACCGUCGACGUCGACUUCGCAAACCGUUAGCUUCGACAGCGAUUCGGAACGGCUCAGUUUGAAGCGCAAACUGCAACGCAACCGGACCUCCUUCACCGUCGACCAGAUCGAGUACCUGGAGAAGGAGUUUGAGCGCACGCACUAUCCGGAUGUGUUCUCUCGGGAACGAUUGUCUUCCAAAACCAAUCUACCUGAGGCGCGAAUUCAGGUCUGGUUUUCCAACCGUCGCGCCAAGUGGCGCCGAGAGGAAAAGCAACGUUCGCAGGCUGCAUCCGAGGGAGCGAACGUUGCCGUGUCCGUAUCGGCAGCCGCACCACCGCCACCGUCUGCCAUUUCCUCCUGUAUGAACCUAACGUCCCCGCUGGUAUCUCACGUUUACGACUCGAACAUGUGCGUCGAAGAUUCGAACAGCAACUAUCUCAGCAAAAGCUACCCACUGGAGCCAACUGCCUUCCAGAAUUUGGAUCCUCUCAAAUCUCCGCCAUCACAUCACUCUCAAAACCAUUCGCCGAUGUCCUUUAAGCUCUUCCCGACCAACACUGUGGGAGGCUCCGGUACUCAGGGAAACUCCGCCGGAGGCGGAGGUGGUGCCUCCGGAGGAGGCGGUGGUAGUUCGGGAAGCGGCCCCAGCACCUCGGGAGUUCUACACGAACCGAACAUGAUGGACGCGGUUGCCCUCUCCAACAACGGUGGCUUCUCUCACGUACCUACCUCGGACGACAAGUCCCUGUACAACCAUUUCGCCUAUUCGGCUUCAUCGGUUGCGGCAGCCGCCGCAGCCAACAUGCACCAUUCGGCUGCGUACUCGGCAGCAGCGGCGGCUGCAGCCGAUCACCAUCACCACCAUCAUCAUCAUCAUCAGUCGUACAACGGAAUGUACCUGAAGAAUCAGCUGUACAACAUUCCGUCGACGGGCGUCCUCAGCUUCCAGUCGACGCUGGACUGGAACAAGAGUUAAUGGUAGGUACCGUGAGGUUCGACCGCCGAGAACCUCCUCUCCUGUUGCUUCGUCCCGCAGGAACGUUGAUUGAUGCUAAUGAUUUUACUAUUACACACACACACAAACUGAUGCUGAUGACACACUGAUGAUGUUGAUAUUUGAAAAAAGCCAUAAAAGCCAGUAUUUUUGGUGCAUUCCAAUGUUCUCUCUAUCACUAUUAUUAGGUACUAUUCUAUUUGAGGUGAAAAUAAUUAAAUGUUGAACCCAUUAAUACUGAAAACACAACAAGUAGAGAUUUAGGAUGAAACAAAAUCGUGAUCAAGUUUUUUGUUUGUUUGUUUGCUACUAAAAAAGUGAUGGUUGUCCGUACUUAUACUGUAUCGAACCAGAAGGAAGGGAAAAAAAGUAUUAUUUUUUUGCAUCUAUUAAAUGCUGUGAAACAACAACAAAUGCAAAUAUCGUGUUAGGAAAAUUACAUAUUUUAAGGUGAACCGUAAGUAUUGAAAAUCUUACCUAGAACAAUAUUGCUGCUAAGUCAGUAAACUUGGAACGGAAAUGUACAA